AUGGGUGCAAGAACUCUGCGAUUGCCUAUCAUUACUGACAUCAAACACAAAGGGAUGCAUUUUAUUAUUAUGGAUUCUCCUUCGAAAACGAAUGUGCCUUACUUUGUGGAGGAAUGUUCGAAGCUAAACGUAUCUGAUGUCGUUCGUGUAUGUGAAGACCGGUACCCUGUGGAGCCUUUUGAAAAUGCUGGGAUAUGUGUACAUCAUUGGGAAUUCAGUGAUGGUUCGCCUCCACCAGAGAAUAUUCUCACAGAAUGGUUCACUCUCCUCAGAAAUCGAUUUUAUGGGGAAAAUAAUAGCACUCAUGAUGAUCAAAACCACCUGGUACCUGGGCCAAUCGCUGUUCAUUGUAUAGCUGGAUAUGGAAGGGCUCCGGUUCUGGUAGCUGUUGCGUUAAUGGAACUUGGAAUGUCCAGUGAAGAUGCAAUAGAAUUGAUUCGCAGUAAACGUAAAGGUGCGUUUAAUGAUCGACAAAUUCAUUAUCUCACUAACUAUCAUGCGCAUUCUCGUUUACGCCGUCACAAUCAUCGUUGCUUUAUUGUAUAA